CCACACCCACACCGUCGGCCGCUCGAGAGGAGAGCAGCAGCACGGGCAGCACCACCACACACCGGCCUGCCCACGCGCUCGCUUUGACCGGCGGCGCCGUCGUCGAUCGGGACGAACGCACGCUCGCUCGCUAGGCCGUGUGCGCGUCCGCGCACGCGAGUGGCCGGCCGGGCGACGAUGGAUCCUGCAGUGGCGGCAGCGGCGGCGCACGGCGGCGGGCACCACUUCGCGCAGCCCGUGGCGCCGUUCCACCACCCGUUCGGCGGCUUAGGCGGACACCACCACCACCUGUUCCCGGGGCAGCAGCACCCGGCGUUCCAGCAUUUCCAGGAGCAGCAGCGCCAGCUGGAGCUGCUGGGCGCCGGGGGCGGUGUCCCCGGCGGCGUCAACAAGCAGGAGCUCGGUGUCGGCGGGGACGACAGCAACAACACCAUCAACAGCGCCGGGAGCAACGGGAGCGGCGACGGCGCGGUCGCGGGCGCGGACCAGCAGGCGGGGGGCGGCGACGGCGACCAGCAGCAGCAGCAGCACGCGUUGGUGAUGCGCCGCCCGCGUGGCCGCCCCGCGGGGUCCAAGAACAAGCCCAAGCCGCCCGUGAUCAUCACCCGUGACAGCGCCAGCGCCCUGCGCGCCCACGUCCUGGAGGUCGCCGCCGGCUGCGACGUCGUCGACAGCAUCGCCGGGUUCGCGCGUCGCCGCCAGGUGGGCGUGUGCGUGCUCAGCGCCUCCGGGAGCGUCGCCAACGUCUGCAUCCGUCAUUCCGGCGCUGCUCCGGGCGCCGUCGUCACCAUGGCGGGCUGCUUCGACAUCCUCUCCCUCAGCGGCUCCUUCCUCCCGCCGCCGGCGCCGCCCGCCGCCACCGGGCUCACCGUCUACCUCUCCGGCGGUCAGGGCCAGGUGGUGGGCGGCACCGUCGCCGGACCGCUCCUCGCCUCCGGCCCUGUCGUGAUCGUCGCCGCCUGCUUCGGCAACGCCGCCUACGAGCGCCUCCCCCUCGACGACGACGAGCCGCCGCAGCAGCAGCUCCUGCAACAGGCUCUUCCUCCUCCGCAAGGCAUGGCCGGUGCCUCCUCCUCCUCGCCGCCCCCGCCGCUGUCAUUGCCCGGACAACACCCGCUCGCCGACCAGCUCCCCCACAGCCUCAUGAACGGCCUCCCUCUCCCCGCCGACGCCUACGCCUGGGCCAACCCGGGAGGCAGCGGCGCCGGCCGCGUCGCCCCGUACUGAUCGAUCGACCGAUCGGUCGAUCACCGUACCGGACUUCUGAUCCGGACGGACAUGGAAGGAAGGGGAACGACGAACAAGCGCGCGCGUGCUCUAGCUUUCUGCUGCUUCAUCAUCGCCAUCGACCGAUCGACGACGACGGCGGCGGCGGCGGCGACGACGACGACGACGACGAGGCGGCUGCUGCUAAGAGUCAAUCCACCUCCCGAUCCCCUUCCCUUUUCGGCAUCAUCUUUCUCUGCUAAUUACCUUUUCUUGGACUUCUUGGGUCGUUGCUGUUAAUUCCCUGGUGUAAUGAAUCUGCAUGCCAUGGAUGCUUAAUUAGUUUACCUCCGUAGUAGUGUAAUUCCGUUCCCCCUGAUAGCAGUAGCAGUGCUUGGAUCGGAAUUCGGAACCUGUGUCAGUCUUCGGUUAAACUUUGUUUCCCUUAAAUUUCACCUGAUGAUCGAUGACUGCUAGUUACCUUAUA